AUGUCAGGCUCUUCCUGGCUCCUUCUCAGCCUUGCUGCUCUAACUGCUGCUCAAUCCACUGAGGAUCUGGUCAAGACAUUUUUGGAGAAGUUUAACUAUGAAGCUGAAGAGCUGUCUUAUCAAAGUUCACUUGCUUCUUGGAAUUAUAACAUCAAUAUUACCGACGAGAAUGUCCAAAAGAUGAAUAAUGCUGGGGCCAAAUGGUCUGCCUUUUAUGAAGAACAGUCCAAGCUUGCCAAAACAUACCCACUUGAAGAAAUUCAGGAUUCCACAGUCAAGCGUCAAUUGCGGGCCCUUCAGCACAGUGGAUCAUCAGUGCUCUCAGCAGACAAGAACCAACGAUUGAACACAAUCCUAAAUUCAAUGAGCACUAUCUACAGUACUGGAAAAGCUUGUAACCCAAGUAAUCCUCAGGAGUGCUUAUUACUUGAACCAGGUUUGGAUGACAUAAUGGAAAACAGCAAAGACUACAAUGAGAGGCUCUGGGCCUGGGAAGGCUGGAGGUCUGAGGUCGGCAAGCAGCUGAGGCCAUUAUAUGAAGAGUAUGUGGCCCUGAAAAAUGAGAUGGCAAGAGCAAACAAUUAUGAGGACUAUGGGGAUUAUUGGAGAGGAGAUUAUGAAGAGGAGUGGGAAAACGGCUAUAACUAUAGCCGCAACCAGUUGAUUGAUGAUGUGGAACAUACCUUCACACAGAUUAUGCCAUUGUAUCAACAUCUUCAUGCUUAUGUGAGGACAAAGUUGAUGGACACCUACCCUUCCUAUAUCAGCCCAACUGGAUGCCUCCCAGCCCAUUUGCUUGGUGAUAUGUGGGGUAGAUUUUGGACAAAUCUGUACCCUUUGACAGUCCCCUUUGGACAGAAACCAAACAUAGAUGUUACUAAUGCAAUGGUGAACCAGAGCUGGGAUGCAAGGAAGAUAUUCAAGGAGGCUGAGAAAUUCUUUGUGUCUGUUGGCCUUCCCAACAUGACUCAAGAAUUCUGGGAGAACUCCAUGCUAACUGAGCCAAGUGACAGCCGGAAAGUGGUCUGCCACCCCACAGCUUGGGACCUAGGGAAGGGUGACUUCAGGAUCAAGAUGUGCACAAAGGUAACGAUGGAUGACUUCCUGACAGCCCAUCAUGAGAUGGGACACAUCCAGUAUGACAUGGCAUAUGCCGCACAACCCUUCCUGCUAAGAAAUGGAGCUAAUGAAGGGUUCCAUGAAGCUGUUGGGGAAAUCAUGUCACUUUCUGCAGCUACACCCAACCAUUUGAAAAACAUUGGUCUUCUGCCUCCUAGUUUUUUCGAAGACAGUGAAACAGAAAUAAACUUCCUACUCAAACAAGCACUUACAAUUGUUGGAACUCUACCAUUUACUUACAUGUUAGAAAAGUGGAGGUGGAUGGUCUUUAAGGGUGAAAUUCCCAAAGACCAGUGGAUGAAAACUUGGUGGGAGAUGAAGCGAAAUAUAGUCGGGGUGGUGGAACCUGUGCCCCAUGAUGAAACAUACUGCGACCCUGCAUCUCUGUUCCAUGUUGCUAAUGAUUACUCAUUCAUCAGAUACUACACAAGGACCAUUUAUCAAUUCCAGUUUCAAGAAGCCCUUUGUCAAAUAGCUAAACAUGAAGGUCCCCUACACAAGUGUGAUAUCUCCAAUUCCAGUGAAGCUGGGCAGAAGCUGCUUGAAAUGCUGAAACUUGGAAAAUCAAAACCCUGGACCUACGCUUUGGAAAUUGUUGUAGGAGCAAAGAAUAUGGAUGUAAGACCACUGCUUAACUACUUUGAACCCUUGUUUACCUGGCUGAAAGAGCAAAAUAGGAAUUCUUUUGUGGGAUGGAACACUGACUGGAGUCCAUACGCUGACCAAAGCAUUAAAGUGAGGAUAAGCCUAAAAUCAGCUCUUGGAGAAAAAGCAUAUGAAUGGAAUAACAAUGAAAUGUACUUGUUCCGGUCAUCUAUUGCAUAUGCCAUGAGACAGUAUUUUUCAGAAGUCAAAAACCAGACGAUUCCUUUUGUGGAGGAUAACGUGUGGGUGAGCGAUUUGAAACCAAGAAUCUCCUUCAACUUCUUUGUCACUUCACCUGGAAAUGUGUCUGACAUCAUUCCCAGAACUGAAGUUGAAGAGGCCAUCAGGAUGUACCGGAGCCGUAUCAAUGAUGUUUUCCGCCUGGAUGACAACAGCCUGGAGUUUCUGGGGAUUCAGCCAACACUGGGACCCCCUUAUGAGCCACCUGUCACCAUCUGGCUGAUUGUUUUUGGGGUCGUGAUGGGAGUGGUGGUGGUUGGUAUUGUCCUGCUCAUCUUCUCUGGGAUCAGGAAUCGAAGGAAGAAUGAUCAAGCAAGAGGUGAAGAAAAUCCUUAUGCCUCCGUGGACUUGAGUAAAGGAGAAAAUAAUCCAGGAUUCCAAAAUGUGGAUGAUGCUCAGACUUCAUUUUAG